CAUGCGGGCGCGGGCGUGACGGCGCGCGCCAGCCGCGGUCGCCUUCCCUCCCCAAGAUGGCGGCGGCCACCGGCGGCGAGGCGGUUUGUGGCGACGGCCCGGCGAGCGGCACCGGCGACGUCGGCAAGAGGGGUCACCUGGGCAUCCCCGAGGCCGUUUUCGUCGAAGAUGUGGAUUCCUUCAUGAAACAACCAGGAAAUGAAACUGCAGAUGUAGUUCUCAAGAAGCUGGAUGAACAGUAUCAAAAAUAUAAAUUUAUGGAGCUUAAUCUUGCCCAGAAGAAAAGAAGAUUAAAAAGCCAAAUUCCUGAAAUUAAACAGACAUUAGAGAUCUUAAAACACAUGCAAAAGAAAAAGGAAUCUACAGAUCUGAUGGAAACCAGAUUCUUAUUGGCAGAUAAUGUCUACUGUAAAGCAUCAGUUCCUCCUACAGAUAAAGUUUGUCUUUGGUUAGGGGCCAAUGUUAUGCUGGAAUAUGAUAUUGAUGAAGCCCAGGCACUGCUAGAAAAAAAUCUUAGCACAGCUACAAAAAACCUCGAGUCCCUAGAAGAAGAUCUGGAUUUCCUUAGAGAUCAGUUUACAACUACAGAAGUCAAUAUGGCCAGAGUUUAUAACUGGGAUGUAAAGCGAAGAAACAAGGAUGACCCUCCUAAGAACAUGGCAUAGUUCUGCUAGUUUUAAAUACGGUUUUGUUUUUUUUUCUUAUUUUUAAACUACCGUUCGGUUCAGCCUUUGAUGGACUGUGUUUAAUUUAAUCUUUUCGGUUGUUGACAUAAUGGCGAGCAUCUUUUUUUGUUUUUUUUUAAAAAAGGGCAAAUCUUAUUUGGUCCAUGCAUGCUUCAUGCAAUUGCCUUGUUGGAAAAGGAGCCACAACAGUAUGUAGUGAAGAAGCCCCUCAUCAAUCUGGGAUUUGAGUCAAGGGAAUUAGAAAGGGUCAUUUUGUAAGUCACAGAUAGUCUUUGAUGUUCAAGAUUUAUUAAGGAGGUCCACAGAAUAUAUCAUGGGGAAAAACGUACAGCUGAUGUGACAAAGUGAAUAAUACAGCGUUGUGUUUUUGGCAAAUGACCCUUUUAAUCUCACCCUCCAGACGUUCUCUGUUUAAUUCUGUUCCGGAGAAUGGCUCAUCUUGGUACUUCAAAAGAUCACAAUUAGCCUUUGAAGGAUUAAAUAAUAAAACACUGAAUCCUGUUUGUGGUCUUAGUUGGUUCUUAUAUACGUAAACAUCAAUUCCUUCCGAUUUUUCAAACGGGCAGCCAAAAUUUUUAAUACUUUGCUGCAUUUUAUUGGCAUGCUAGGCAUUCCUCCCAUUUGGUCCAGAUGUCUCAACACCUGCAAGGAUACUUGCUGCAACUUCUGGAAAAUAAAUGGUGUAUUGCAGCUCAGCCGUGUUGUCAGGUUGAAUGUUAUUCCCAUGUUACUUAUUAAGGAAGCCUUGCAAAAAUGUUGCCUUGACAUCUUUUCUUUGAAGCACACCUGAUGGCCAAAUUAGCAGUGUAACUAUCGUAACUGCUCAGGUUUCAUUUUACCAUUCAGUGCAAAUGUUAACUGGCUUCUAGUUUCAUUUAAUAAACAAUGUCUGUAAAGUUUUGUACUAUUAUUUCAUUUAUAUUAAAAUAGUGAAACUUAAAAUGUGCUAACAUUUCCAAAAUGUUUCUUGUUAAAAUAGUGCAGAAAUAGGACAAAACAGUUGCAUUAGGCAUAUACUUGAGAAAAAAUAAAGACAGGUUAAGUAAAUAACAUACAGGUAUAUUCAAGAAUGGCGCCUCAAGAUGUUACAUCCUCAAGGUUCCAAAG